CCGACCUCCCCCACCACGGCCGCUGCAGUCAGCAGACCUGCAGCGUCAGCUGAUGGCCCGACUGCCACUCCCACGCCCAGCUAUGCUCCCUCUCCUCCUCCUCGCCGUGCUCUCGGUCACAGCGGCGGCGGCCUCCUCGCGCCCCCACCCACUCGACCCGCUCACCCCCGCGGAGAUCACGGCCGUGCGCGCCGCGGUGCUCGCCUCCCCGCUGGUCCCCGCCCGCCCGCUCACCUUCCACUACGUCGGCCUCGACGAGCCCGACAAGCCCGACGUCCUCGCCUACGCCUACGGCGGCGGCACCGCCAGGCGCCGCGCGCGCCGUCAGCCCCUCCAGCGGCGCGCCCUCGUGAUCGCCCGCGCGGGGGGGCAAUCCCACGAACUCCGCGUGGAGGUCGCCCGCAACGGCUCCUCCUCCGCCGCCGCCACCGUGCUCUCCCACGCCGUGCACCGCGGCGCGGGCUUCCCGACGCUCACGCUCGAGGAGCAGUUCGCGGCGGUGGCGCUUCCGCCGGCGUACCCGCCGUUCGUGGACUCCGUGCGCCGCCGCGGGGUGGACAUGGGCGACGUGCUCUGCGCGGUGUUCCCCGUCGGCUGGUUCGGCGACGCCGGGGCGCCGCGGCGGGUGGCCAAGAUGCUGUGCUUCGUGGCCGGCGCCACGGCCAACUUCUACGCGCGGCCAAUCGAGGGCGUCACCAUGGUGGUGGACCUCGACCGGAUGGCCAUCGUCGGGUACAGGGACCGGGUGGCGUACCCCGUGCCCAAGGCCGAGGGCACCGACUACCGCGCGGGCAAGACCGGGCCGCCGCUCGCCGGACCCCAGCCGGCGCCCGGCGUCGUCGUGCAGCCGGAGGGCAGGGGAUUCCACAUUGACGGCAACAUCGUCAGGUGGGCCAACUGGGAGUUCCACGUGGGCUUCGACAUGCGCGCCGGGACGGUCAUCUCGCUGGCCUCGCUCCACGACGCCGACGCCGGCGCGCGGCGGCGGGUGCUCUACCGCGGCUUCGUCUCGGAGGUCUUCGUGCCGUACAUGGACCCCGUGGAGGAGUGGUACUACCGCACGUUCCUGGACGCCGGCGAGUACGGCCUGGGCCUCUGGGCGUUCCCCCUCCAGCCCGGCGCCGACUGCCCCGCCAACGCCGCGUACUUCGACGGGUCCUACGCCGGCCAGGACGGCAAGCCUGUCGGCGGCGAGAACAGGAUCUGCGUGUUCGAGCGGUACGCCGGCGACGUCGCCUGGCGCCACACCGAGGCCGGGUUCCCGGACAGAUUGAUCACGGAGGUCCGGCCUGACGUGACCCUGGUGGUGAGGAUGGUGGUGUCGCCCGGCAACUACGACUACAUCUUGGACUGGGAGUUCAAGACCAGCGGCUCCAUCAAAUUCGUGGUUUCUCUCACCGGCCUCUUGGAGGUGAAGGGGACGCCGUACACGCACGCCGACGAGAUCACGGCGGACGCGCACGGCACGCUGGUCUCCGAGAACACGCUCGCCAUCUACCACGACCACUACGUCACGUACCACCUGGACCUCGACGUCGACGGCACCAGCAACUCCUUCGUCAAGAACGUCAUCACUACCAGGCGCAACACGGGGAGCCCGGCCACAGGCGGCGCCGACACGCCGAGGCGGAGCUACUGGACGGUGCGGCGCGAGGUGGCCGAGACCGAGGCGGACGGGCAGGUGGACGUCGGCGCCGGGCCCGCCGACCUGCUGUUCGUGAACCCGGGCAAGAAGACCCGGCUGGGCAACGAAGUCGGGUACCGGCUCAUCCCGGCCGGCGCGACGGCGGCGUCCGUGCUGGCCGACGACGACUUCCCGCAGCGGCGGGCGAGCUACACCAAGAAGCAGGUGUGGGUGACGCCGUACAGCAAGUCGGAGAAGUGGGCGGCCGGGCUGUACGCGGACCAGAGCACCGGCGACGACGGCCUGGCAGCGUGGAGCGGGAGGAACAGGGGGAUCAGGGACGAGGACAUCGUGCUGUGGUACACGCUGGGGCUCCACCACAUCCCUUACCAGGAGGACUUCCCGGUGAUGCCGACGCUCAGCGGCGGGUUCGAGCUCCGGCCGUCCAACUUCUUCGAGAGGAACCCGAUCCUCAGGGCCAGGCCGGCGAGCAUGCCCGGCCACUCGGCGAACUGCUCGUGCGAUGCCAGGUGAUGUAUUUGCUGGAAAAAAAAACUCAAUUGAUCUGAGCCGAAAGAAGUAUUUGCUGGCAACAUUGCGCCAAUCCAUCCAACUCCCAGACGCUCAAGAUCUCUCGUAAGAAAGACCAAGAUGAGAUUGUAUCAGUUUAUUCAACAUCUGCGCAUAAAAAACAUAUGAACAUGAGUAUAUUAUUCCAAGUA